AUUCAUAAACGAUAUAUAUAUAUCGUAACAUGGGCCACAUAUUAAUCUUCACAAAUUAUAAUUUUGGAAACAAAACUUAGAGACAUCAUGGGACUCGUCAAAAAUCUUUCUUUUCCACUACUUCUGGUUUCAGUUCUUUUCAUAUCAGGGCCGAAGCCUUCUUACGGCGCAAGAGUCUUCACCAUCGUCAACUACUGCCGCCAGACUAUAUGGCCGGCGGUAUUUCCCGGUGACAACUUCAACGGCGGCGGCUUCACCUUGAAAACCGGCGAGAGCCGCAUCUUCACCGCCCCAGUUGGCUGGUCCGGCCGCAUCUGGGGCCGGACCGGCUGCAAGUUCGACAGCAGCGGCAACGGCUCAUGCGAGACCGGGCGCUGCGGCUCCAGCUUCAAGUGCGGCGCGUCCGGCGAAACGCCGGCGUCGCUGGCGGAGUUCACGUUGGCCUCGCCGGACUUCUACGACGUGAGCCUCGUGGACGGGUUCAACCUGCCGAUGACGGUGACGCCGAUCAACGGCAGCGGCGGGAACUGCACCGUGGCCGGGUGCGACGGCGACCUGCGCGCGACCUGCCCGAAGGAGCUGGCGGUGCGCGGCGGCGGGGGCCGCGUGGUGGCGUGUAGGAGCGCGUGCGACGUUUUCAACACGGACGAGUACUGCUGCAGAGGGUUGUACGGCAAUCCGGUGACCUGCCAACCGACGUCGUAUUCCAAGAUAUUCAAGAAGGAGUGCCCCACUGCCUAUAGCUACGCCUACGACGAUCCCACAAGCGUCUUCCAGUGCUCUGCAUCCGAUUAUGUCGUAUCCUUCUGCUCCCAGAGGAACCAUUCUGUAUGCUCAUAUCAUAACAACAAAUUAGUAUGUGGAGGAGCUAGUGGAUUGAGGCCAAGUGGCGUCAAGUGGUGGAUCAUCACUUUUACAUUGAUUAUCACAACUCUUUGGAAAAUUUGUUGAAUAUUAUGUAUAUCUAAUGCAACUUUUGAGAGCAUGUGAUGAGAUGAUGAAACCAUAUGCUGAUUGAUAUUUCUUCCAGAGAUUGUUCCUCCCUUUAUGAUCCGGCCCGUUUGCGUAGGUCAAGCCCACCCACCAAGCCCAAAACAAUUUAACGUGUAGGCCCAAAGGACAACCCGCAAAGCCGCACUUUGUAUCCCAACACAAAAUUAUUCAAUUCAUGUGUAAAUGAAAAUUA